AUGACAAACGUAUUUGCAGCAGACACUCUCUUCUCCCAUCUUAGUCCUCCUCAAUCAAUCGCUGAUAUCACUGCUCUGGGUGCCCUCGGCGUUGCAUCAGCAGCAUACCUCCUCCGAGGCAUCGCCUGGGAUAAACCAGAUCCUUACCAUCAUGUCUGGUUUGAACGCAUGGGCUCCAAGAGUGGUGCUUCUUCAGGUCCUAAAGCAACUCGUGAUAUAGCCAAGAGACUAGAAGAGACUGGUAAAGAUGUUGUUAUCUUCUGGGGAUCUCAGUCGGGUACGGCAGAAAUGUUGGCCAACAGAGUCUCAAAGGAGUGCCAUCUUCGCUUCGGUCUCCAGACUCUUUGCGCUGACCUUUGCGAUUAUGAUCCUGAAUCUAUCGCCAACCUCCCUCAAAGUAAACUUGCAAUCUUCAUCCUAUCUACAUACGGAGAAGGAGAUCCCAGUGACAACACAGCCGCCUUCUGGGACUGGCUCACCAAGACAUCCGAUAUCGAACUACCAAACUUGAGGUACAUAGCCUUUGGCCUUGGCAACACCAAUUAUAGAUACUAUAACCGUGUCAUCGACGUUGUAGUACAACAUCUCGACAAAUCUGGUGCUCAGAGACUCCUACCUAUUGGUAGAGCGAAUGAUGCCCAGGGAGGCACCGAGGAAGAUUUUCUGUCUUGGAAAGAUGAUCUUUACACCCACUUCCAGGAGAAACUGGGAUACAAAGAGCGCGAUAUCCCAUACGAGCCGAGUAUUCAGCUUGUGCAGGAUGAUUCGCUUGAUAUCAUGGACCUCAAUCUAGGAGAGCCUAUCCAAAGCCGAAGCGGACCUGCAAAGGUUGUGAAGCAAUACUCGCCAAUUCGUGCUCUAGCUGUCCAUUCCUCUCAAGAAAUCUACACCUCUCCGGGAAGAAACUGCCUCCACAUGGAGCUUGAUAUUUCAGACCAACCUGAACUUCGAUACAGAACGGGUGACCAUCUAGCUAUUUACCCCAUCAACCCCGAUCACGAAGUCCAUCUUCUUCUCAAAGCCCUUGAUUUGGAAGACAGAGCAGACAAACCUCUCCUUGUUCAAACUCUCGAAGAGAGUGCAUCCACCAAGAUACCUAGCCCAACUUCAGCGUUGGCCCUGUUCCGUCAUUAUCUUGAAGUAGCAGCUCCCGUGUCUCGAGAGACUGUCGGACAAUUGGCCAAAUUUGCACCUUCGCCUGAGAGUGCUGAGGCAUUGGCAGCUUUAGCCAAGAGUAAGGAAGCGUAUGCUACCUACAUUGCUAGUAAUCAUGUCACCAUGGGCCGUCUGUUGCACCUCGUCGCUCCUGAAACUGUUUGGCUCAACUUGCCUCUUUCUUACGUGGCUGAGACAUUACCUUGCAUCCAGCCACGCUACUAUUCUAUAUCCUCCUCGAGUACAGUCUCAGCUCGCAGGCUUUCAAUCACUAUAGGUGUCGAUAAGUCACCACUACAGCAAGACUCAAGCAGAUUCAUUCGUGGUAUCACGACAAACUACCUCUACGCCCUUGGAAACGCCCUCAGUGGCGAUACUUCACAGCCGGAAGCUGGUCCUGAUACUCUCUCGUAUGCUUUGACUGGCCCUGGAGAUGCUCUUAAGGGUCACAAGGUGUUUGCAUGCAUCCGUCGCUCAAACUUCAAACUCCCAACAUUGAGUUCAACACCUAUCAUCAUGAUCGCUGCUGGCACAGGUCUCGCUCCUUUCCGUGGUUUCAUGCUCGAGAGGGCUCGUCUCCAAGCUGUUGGAAAGCCAAUCGGCAAGAUGCUUCUAUUCUUCGGAUGUCGCUCCCCAGAUCAAGAUUAUCUCUACCGCGAUGAACUUGACGAGGUUGCCCAAAAGCUACAAGGAUGUCUUGAAAUUGUCACUGCUUUCUCGCGAGCUGAAGGGGAGCCUAGAAAGUAUGUACAAGACAGAGUGCAAGAGAGAAAGAGCCAAGUUUGUGAUCUUUUACAGGAGGGUGCCAGUAUCUACUUUUGUGGUCGCGCGGCUAUGGCGAGGGAGGUUGGAAAUGUAGUUGAAAAUUCGAUGAAGAAGCAAAAUAACUGGACUGAUAAAGAGGCUCGAAGCUGGGCCGAGUCGGCGAAGAAGGGAAACAAGUGGCUUGAAGAUGUUUGGGGCUGA